UUCCACCCCCAACCCCUAAGUCUUGCUGCUAUAAGAUUUGGAUUGUUGGUACCAUUAGCUUUGUCACCAAAACUGCAUAAUUUCGUAGGGUUGCCACCUCCACUACUGCUACUACACCCCACAAAUGUCAAUCAAAACUCUUUUGGUCCAUUCAAGGCUCUCAAGUAAUUUUUGAUUUUUUUUUUUUAUCCAUCUUUUUCAUUACAGAAGAUUAUAAAAUUCAUGCAUUAUAUAGGAUUAUAGCCAUAGAAAACUUGCAUAAAAAGAUUGACUCAAAGUCAUGCUCGCUUCUCCCCACUUUCCUAGCUAUUUCCUUGCAUCUAACCAUAUUCUCCGCUCACCAAUUCUUUCAGAACGACUCAGCUUUAGGUUGUUGAUAAGCAACAAUCUCAUCCUCUUGCUCUUUUUCAGAUUCAUUUCUCUUCUAUUUCCUCGAUCCAAAGAGUUCUUGGCCGGGUGUACGUUGAGAGAAAUCAUGGGUUUGAGUUCUAAGCAGGUUUCUGGUGAUGGGCUUGAUCAUUGGAGCCAGACCUUGUUGGAGGCUCAAACUUUAGAGCUCCCAAAGCCUCCUCCGAUAAGGCGACAGCAGCAGCAGCAGCAACAAUCUGAGCCAUUAAAGUGUCCAAGGUGCGAUUCAACAAACACCAAGUUCUGUUACUACAACAACUAUAAUCAGUCCCAGCCACGGCAUUUCUGCAGAACUUGUAAAAGGCAUUGGACCAAGGGUGGAACUCUACGCAACGUUCCUGUUGGAGGCGGCCGCAAGAAUAAUAAGAGGCUGAAAAAAUCAACAAAUUCGGCCUCCGCCAGUACCGACUCCAGCGGUAGUGCAGCCACCACAACCACCAAGAACAGCGAUGUCAAUAAUAGGCUCAAGACGCACAUGGCAUUUCAAGCUCAGCAGCAGAUGCAGAUUAAUCUUCCGCUUUCAAAUAUUGAUGGUCAGAAACGCAUAAUAUCUGAUAUCUUCCACCAGGCUUUGCUUCGUCCACCAUCUUUUCCGCCGCAAAAUAAUUUGAUCAGCUGCAGCAACUUGGAGAGCAAUAAUUUCAGUGGCAACAACAUAUAUUUGGACUCAACUCUGCGUCCUCCUCUAGACCAAAACCAACACUUUCCCUUCUCAAGUUCAAGCUCUUUUAACACAAAACCAUGUUCAAUUUCAACCUCUUUCCAGUCCUCAAAUGUAAUUCCUAACUACACUGAAGAGUUGAAAACCAUGGAGGAGCCAACCAUUACCAACAUCAUGGGCAAAACAAGCAGCACCGCCAUUCAACCAUGGCAAAUACCUACAACAAGCAGUGGCAUGGAUAUGUCAUCUUACUGGAAUUGGGAUGACAUUAAUACCUUUGCCUCUACUGAUCUCAAUCUACCUUGGGAUGAUUUUGAAAUCAAACCAUAAAAGAGUUUUAACCAUGUUAGCAGUGUCUACAAGUUUGCAUCAACGGGUGUUUAUUUAUGUUUGUCAGAAGAAAGUUCUUUUCCAGUGUCACAGGUUUUAUGUUCUUCUUUUACAGGUCAUAAUCUCUUUUGUAUGAUCUGUAAGCGUAAGAGAGAGAUGUAUACUGUUUGAAGCGGUCUUUUUUUUUUUUUUUUUUCAGUUUCAGCUUCAGGCUAAGGUGUCCAUCAGUAUACGUCCCUCUCUUAUUAGCUACUUUCCUCUGAUGGAAUCAUGGAUUAGUGUCAUGUACGUAAGGAGCUUAGUUUUGUUCUUAACCAUAGAUGUUGAUGGAAUUUCGAGGAGUGCUUCAGAUGAUCACAGAUAGAAGGGUCUCCAGCAGUCCUGAUCUGACAGAAUGUGACGGAAGAUUCUUGUGGAUAUAUAUAUAUAUAUAUAUAUAUAUGUAUAUUCGGAUUGAUUUGAAUGAUAUUACUUGGAUUUGUUUGAUCUUCA